AACUGUCCAUGACUCUUCUCCGUGUCACAGCACAGCACUCACAUCACUGCUCCAUCAUUAUUCACAGGAACCAAACUGGACCUCCACCCAGAAGGGUGUCCUAUAAGAGUAAACGGGUGAAGGAUUUCUUUCGUAAUUUAGGGGAGGGAAGGUCAUCUGAGAGAAGAGAGAGGAAGAGUGGUGUUUGUAAGGAGGAGCAGCUGUCCUGCUGUGCUUUGUGUCAGGACGUCCUGAAGGAUCCAGUAUCUACCCUCUGUGGACACUGGUUCUGCAGACAGUGCAUCUCCUCAUACCGGGACCAGUCUGCUUCAUCAGGAAACUCCUCCUGUCCCCUGUGUGGAGAAAGGUCCAGAACCAGAGCUGGACUGCAGACAGCCAGUCAGAGCAGCUGUGUACAAACAAACGUUGGUCUGCAGGAGGUGCCAGGACAUCUUUAA